AUUCAUAAAAAAUUCAAUAAUAAAUGCAGAUGCUUCGUCUCUACGCAAGUAAUUGUGCCGGUAAGAUAAAAGCAGCUGUCGAAACGGCUUCACGGUUACAAUCGACAGCAUCAGGAGCCGCUGGACAUAAAUUUCAGACGAAAGAAGAUAAAAAAGAGGGAACAACGUAUAUUUCAAUGGAAAAGGUGACGGACUCGCGUGGAGCACGAAAAGAUGACGAGUUGUGCUCGCUGUGCACAUGCAACGUGCCAAUUAAGCUCACUUAUAAAGAUGUUCUGAUCUUGGAACAAUUCAUGAGAGACGAUGGAACUGUUCUUCCACGUCAACUCACCGGGCUUUGUAAGAAACAACAAUUGAGAAUGGAAAGAUGUGUAAUGCAAGCAUUCUGGUCUGGACUUUUCGGUGAUAAAUAUGGCACAGAAGCGGAUAGAGCAGGUUAUAAACGAUUCAAUCGAUACUGGAAAGAUGAUAUGUCAAUGUAUCAAUUGGAGACGAAACAACGACAUGGAACAUGGUUUUAUAUUAAAAGAUAUCCUACGAAGAAUCAACAACUCUUCAAGAAUCCACUCAAUUGAAAUUGUUAGAUUUUAUUUAGAUAUUAUCCUUUUUUAGCUCAAUAUUAUUCUGUUGUUUUGUUUGUUUCUAAAGAAUUUUUCCGAUCCUCGAACUUUCCAUCGUUGUUUCGAAAUGUUUUAAAACAUUUUCAAUAUCUCUUAUCUGUUGUUAUUUCCGCUUUAUUGCAAUUCAUUUUUCCAGGAACAUCGCAGAUGUCUUGAUACAAAGAAAAGAAGAAAUGCGAAAAUUUGUAUUU